AAGCCAUGUGAAUAAGGCAUUGGGGGUGCUUUUUUUGCCUACGUAAUAUCAAAGCAUAUGGCGUGACGAUUUAUCAGCAAAUAAAGCCCCGAGGAAAAAGGCAAAAACGGACGCCACGUACGGCAUCUCGCGCACACUCUCUUGUCCCCAGAGCACCCCCUUCGAUAUCACACACCAACUGUUAUAUACACACAGACCAGCAAAACGCACACACACGCCUCUCUCUCUCUCGGUCUCUGGAUAGAAAGAAAGAAAGGAAGAAGCAGAGAGAAAUGGGGAUCGGCUCGCGGCGCCGCUCAGCAGCUUCUCGCUCCGUCGCCGACCUCUCCACCGCCGCUCACGAGCACAGAUACCCUGCCGACGAGGACGAUUUCGAGUUCGAGUUCACGCCCCUUCUCCCCCAUGGCCGGCGCGACCACGGCAGCGACACCAGAGCCACCCCGUCAAGAACAGCCAGCCACGGCAGCGGCACCAGAGCCAGCACCCUUCAGGCGCCGCGGGCCGAGCGCGCGCCGGCAUCGGCAUCGGCAAGGCGGCAGGAGAGCGGCAAGGCGCGGGGGCGGCGUCCGGUGCGGUGGCACGAGCUGGCGUUCGGGUCGGCGCGCGUGCCCGCGGCCAUGGACAUGGCCGAGAUCAGGAGGCGGCUGCGGCGGAGGGACGGCGACAUCGAGCUGGCCGCCGCCGAGGCCGAGGCGUGGGCGCCGUGGAGGCUGAUCCGGUCGCUGAGCUGCAGGGGCGUCGAGGCCGUCGCCGCGUCGGCGGCCGCGUCGGCGUCGGCGCCGGUCAGGCUUGCCUAGAUAUAGUAGGUGCACCUGUACUGUACAGCAAGUAGGCGGCGCCGGCCGGCUGGUGAACACCGUGCCGUGCUGUGCUGUGCGUGGCGUCACGGGAGUGGCUACCAGGUUGGUGGAGGUUCAAGAGCACGAGACUGAUCAGCGGUGCCCAUAAAUGUGUUUCUUUUUUCAGCUUCUUAUUUCUAUAUAUAGAGAAAAACAAAUGGUUAUCUCUGAUUAAAAAGGAUAUAUACUACUCGUAUAUAUGUAUGUAUAUUAUACUAGUUGUCGUCGUAUAUGGAUAAAUAACUUGGACGAAAUACAAAUCCGUACUGUUAUUGAUCCCUUGCUUUGAGUUCACUCCUUCCCAUUUGAAACGAGUGGCAUGCAUGCAUGCAUUGUUCAGAAAAGAUCGAGAGAUAGCUCGAUGUAUGCUAUGCAGUGCAAAGUUUCGUA